GAGGGGCAGUGGGGGUGACCCCCCUCUCCUCUCGCCUUGACAGAAAGCAUGGCACUUUGGCGGGCAUACCAGCGGGCUCUGACUGCUCACCCGUGGAAAGUACAGGUCCUGACAGCUGGGUCUCUGAUGGGCCUGGGUGAUGUUAUCUCACAGCAGCUGGUGGAGAGGCGAGGUCUGCAGGCACACAAGACUGGCCGGACCCUGACCAUGGUCUCCCUGGGCUGUGGCUUUGUGGGCCCUGUAGUAGGAGGCUGGUACAAGGUUUUGGACCGGCUCAUCCCUGGCACCACCAAGGUGGAUGCACUAAAGAAGAUGCUGUUGGAUCAGGGGGGCUUUGCCCCAUGUUUUCUGGGCUGUUUCCUCUCACUGGUAGGGACACUCAAUGGACUGUCAGCCCAGGACAAUUGGGCCAAACUCCAGCAGGAUUAUCCUGAUGCUCUCAUCACCAACUACUACCUCUGGCCUGCUGUGCAGUUAGCCAACUUCUACCUGGUCCCUCUUCGUUACAGGUUGGCUGUCGUCCAGUGUGUUGCCGUUAUCUGGAACUCCUACCUGUCCUGGAAGGCACAUCGGCUCUAAGUCUGCCUCACUCCAUCAUUUCAAGCUUGCAGUGAUGCAGCUUGACCCUGGAAGGGUCAAACCACCUCCUUAAAGUGGGCACAUUGGUUUUCACAGGGUUUGGUGGCUGGUCAGAACUUAAUGGUGUUAGCACUCUGAAGUGGCCUGUUUCACUCUAAAAUGUAACCUGACUCCUACUGAAAUCACUAAAACCUUUAUAAUGGUCUUAUACCCACCACAGAGUAGGCACUCCAUAAAUACUUGUUGAACCAUAUGAUUUUGUCACCUUCAGUUUACACUCAUAUUCCAGCAAGUACCACUCAUCCCCACUCUUCAUAGACACAUCUGUUUUUCUAACCCUUCCCAGCCCUGGUCUAGCUCCACUUUUGGGGAGCCCCUCAAGCUCCUUAUAUGGUGCCUCCAUAAAUGUAUUUCUAAAUAGGUAAUCUGGAA